UCGGGAAUACCACCAGCGCUCAGCGAGUCGCCCACCGAUUCGCCGUUUCCACAGCGGCCGCAACCCUCCGGCGGCGGCGCUGGCAUCCGGCGUGGCGUCGUGCCUCCGAUCCGCGCCCCUCGGCGGUCCGGCUUGGCGACAGGCCGCAGCAGCCGAGCGGCGUGGCCUUCCUUGAUUAUUGAAGAAGGAACACUCCGCCGACAGCUUAAUCCGGAUUCUGAAGCAAUGAGUACCUGUAAAAAGGCCAUGGUGGAAUCUACAUCUGUUGUGAGUUCAGACAGACUGAGCAGUUUGCCUCCAGAGAUAAAGGGCGACAUCCUCUCCCGUUUGAAUGUCGAAGAAGCGGUUAGGACUAGCACCUUGUCAAGUACUUGGAGGGAUGCAUGGACUAAUAUGCCAAAAAUAUUUCUGCGUGAUGGAAAUUUUGCAAAACCCAAGUUCGUCACAUUAGUCGAUAUGGUGCUAUCACUCUACAACGGAACUGUAGAGAAGUUCGAGAUUUCAGGUAGCAAAACUUACCAUGACGAGUUCGGCAGGUGGAUGCUCAUGCUUUCUAGGAGAUCACCAAGAUCAGUUAGAAUCGAGUUGAACUCUGGGCCAGGGUAUAAGAUUCCCUCAUGUCUAUUUUCUAUCGGCGAUUUGAAGCUUCUCUACCUGCAAAACUGCAUCAUCAGGUUGCCCCGGGUAUUCCAAGGUUUCAAGAGAUUAACUCACCUCAACCUGAUAAAAUUCUCCUCCACAGACUUGGACAUCCAAAAUCUGGUCUCGUUUUGCCCCGUACUGAAUUAUUUGAAACUGUCUUAUUUUGAGGGCAUCAACCAUCUAAACGUUCAAGCUCCUAAACUGAAACAUAUUUAUGUUGUCGGGGACUUUAAAGACAUUAAUUUUGAUGCCCCCAAUUUGGAGGGGGCCGUUCUCUUUCCUUAUCACAAAGGUAAAGCAUAUCAUUUGGAUCCAAUUGCACUUCACAAGGAAAGCUAUGUCAAGCAGUUAUUGGGAAGCCUAAGUGACAUCAAAAGCCUUGCAAUUAGCGGCUUUUUACUGAUGUAUCUAUCAAAAGGUUUAAUACUUACGAACCUCCCUGCCGUGUUUACUCGCCUAGAGAGUAUUUAUCUUGCAAUAUGCUUUGGGGACGAGCGGCAACUCUUGGCCGCUUGUUCAUUGUUUCAGAAUGCCCCUAACUUAAAGAAGCUUGACAUAUGGAGGCCCUCUUCGAGCUCAUGGGUUCAGGAUCAGGUUCAAGAUCAGGCGAGCAUUCCAGAGCUUACCAUGCAAGUGCAAUUGGAUCAUCUUGUAACAGCCAGUGUGAAAGGUUUCAGGGGUCUGGACUGCGAAGUCGAUUUUGUGGCAAAGCUACUGAGCUGGGCACCAGCUCUGGAAGAAGUGAAGAUAGAAUGGAAGGGUAAAACAGAGUGCAGCAUGGUUCUUGCCAAGCUAUUAGCUCUGCCGAGGGUUUCUCCCAGGGCCAAGGUCAUUGUUACAUUUUGAUAAGAAUGCAUCCCUACAGUCUAGAGAGCAUCCCCCAUCAUUUUGCCGGUUUAAUUUGCAGCCAAGCAGGACUAUUUCAGCUUUCUUUAUGCCAAGACUAGAUGGUGGUUAUAUAUGUGUGCAUUGACGCAAAUCAUUAGGCAGAGGGAGUACUUAUUGUGCUAUUAGUAAGUGUUAUCCUUUGGUCAGCUGGGGACACAAGCCGCUGUUGCCCUUCCUCAACCGUGUCAGUUCGGCUCGUCCCGUCUUGUCCUGUUGUUCCGCGUGUCAUAAAUUCCUGAUUCUAGAAAAUAUAAGAAGUAAUGAAAUAUAUAAUGACACCUUCAUCCUAUAUGAAUAAGAAUGAAGGUGUGAAUCAAAGACAUGAAACUGUACCUGCUGCGUGUGUUUGGAAAGCAAAGCAUGUAUCAGAUUGGUUCCA